AUGCAGGAAAAUGAGGCACCAAAACCUGAAGAAACUGACCCAAAUUCCUUCAGAAAAGCCGUUGAAAUCGUCUUCAAUGAGGUAUAUUUUAGUGUUGUGCCUGAAAAAUCGAUUGAAAGCCAGAAUUUGGUGAAGUUUGAGGAGAAAUUUCAAAAGGCGAUGUUACAAAUGGCAGCACCAAAAGUUGAAUCAAGUCCUAUAUAUGAGUCAUAUUUACAGAAGGAUAUGAUUAAUAAUGAUAUAUUAAAGGAUAAGGGUGAUUUAUUAAGGUCCAGAGGUCGUUCUGGUCAACGACGUUCACAAAAUCUUGAGGGUAGAAAACAAGUAUUAGGAUCGAAACAAUUUAAAUUAGAUGGUCGACGGUCUAAAUCUAAAACGGUAGAUGGUUCUAUUUUAGCACGGUCGAGUAUUUAUGCGCCUAAAAGAAGGUCUAGGUGGCGAAGAAAUCAAAAUAAAUCUCUUAUAAAUGGACAAAGUUUUUUAUGUUUACCAAUUAUUCCAGAUGUUACAGAAGUUAUUGUUAAUAAGCACCGGAGAUACCAUGAUACAUUGUAUAGACCAUUUCGGAAAAUUAAUUUAGAUUAUUUGUGGAUGAUGCAUUGGAAACUGAAGAGUCAGAAAAAAGUCGGUAAAAAAUAUUCAACAAGAGAUAUAUUAUUUAGAAUGAUGUCAAAAUGGCGUAAAAAUGUGAGAUGA